GUGAGGGAUUGUGGGAAAUGGUCACAUGACCUCUUAUCUCUAGGGAUAAUACAGGACAUGACCGGAGAGGUGAGGGGUCUGUAUAUAGGGAUAUUUAUCGGGGUCUCUCCAUACUCAGGAUUACACAGUAGUGAAGAAGACAUCUGGAGAGUGUGUGGCCCCCAGCAGGUCAGGAGGAUGGAGCAGGGCCCGGGGCCCCAUCACGGAGCCUCCACCUCCCUCACUGAUACCUGAGAGGAACAAUGAGCAGAAGAUCCUAGAACUCACCCACAAGAUGAUGGAGCUGCUGACUGGAGAGGUUCCUAUAAGGUGUCAGGAUGUCACUGUCUAUUUCUCCAUGGAGGAGUGGGAGUAUAUAGAAGGACACAAGGAUCUGUACCAGGACAUAGUCAUGAUGGAGGACCACCGGCCCCGAACAUCACCACCGGAUGGAUCCAGGAAGAGGAACCCACCAGAGAGAUGCCCUGCUCCUCUGGAUUCCCAGGACUGUCCGGGGGGAGAGGACAAUGUCCUACAGGAUGAUCAGGUAGAAGGAGAGGACAAUGUCCUACAGGAUGAUCAGGAUGAAAAUCUUCUAGAGGCAAAGACUGAAGAUGCUGAGAAAGAAGAAGAAAUGGAUGUGAGGAGGGAUCAGGAAUGUAAGGGAGAGGACAAUCCUACUGAGAGUAGCCCAGAGUCUGAAGGAGACGAGAAUAAUAUCCCACAUGAUCCAGGAGAAAAUCUAUUUCUAUGUUUGGGAUGUGGAAAAAUAGAUCAGAAAACUCAUACAGAAGAGAUCCAACUUCAAUGUUCAGAAUGUAGUAAAGGUUCUAACCAGAAGUCAUGGCCUACUGAAUAUCAAAAAAUUUACUCAGAGGCAAAAUCAUUUUCCUGUAAGGAAUGUGGUAAAUAUUUCACCAGGAAAUCAACUCUAGUAGAACAUGAGAGAAUCCACACAGGGGAGAAGUUGGUUUCAUGUUUAGAAUGUGGGAAAUGUUUCGCCAAUAAUUCAAGUCUAAUUGUGCAUGAGAAAAUUCACACAGGGGAAAAACCAUUUUCUUGUUCAGAAUGUGGGAAAUCUUUUAUCCAUAAAUCAAAGCUGCUACUGCAUCAGAGAACCCACACAGGAGAUAAGCCAUUUGUAUGUUCUCAAUGUGGAAAAUGUUUCCUCAACAAAAGCAGUCUAGUUGAACAUCUUAAGAUUCACUCAGGAGCAAAAUCUGUAUCCUGUCCGGAAUGCGGAAAAUGUUUCACCAAGAAAUCAACUCUAGUACAACAUCAGAGAAUUCACGCAGGAGAGAAGCCAUAUUCAUGUAAAGAAUGUGGGAAAUGUUUUACCAAGAGUUCAAAUCUACUUCAACAUGAGAAAAUUCACACAGGUGAAAAGCCAUUUUCAUGUUCUGAAUGUGGAAAAUGUUUUAACCAGCAAUCAAUUCUAGCACAACAUCAGAAAAUUCAUACAGGGGAGAAGCCAUUUUUAUGUUCUGAAUGUGGGAAAUGUUUUAACAAGAAAUCAAAGCUAGUAGAGCAUCAGAAAGUUCAUACAGGAGAGAAACCAUUUUCAUGUUCUGAAUGUGGAAAAUGUUUUGUCAAGAAAAAUAGUCUAGUUGAGCAUCAUAAGAUUCACACAGGGGAGAAGCCAUUUUUAUGUCUUGAAUGUGGAAAAUAUUUUACCCAAAAACGAUAUCUUGUCAAUCAUCAAAGAAGUCACACGGGGGCAAAGCCAUUUUCAUGUUUGGAAUGUGGGAAAUGUUUCACUCUGAAAGCAGAUCUUAGUGUUCAUCACAGAAGCCACACAGGGGAGAGACCAUUUUCAUGUUUGGAAUGUGGAAAACGCUUUUCUCAUAAAUCAGAUCUUACUCUUCACCAGAGAAUCCACACAGGGGAGAACUUAUUUUCAUGCUCUGAAUGUGGGAAAUGUUUCACCCUAAAAUCACGUCUUCUUACACAUCAGAGAACCCACACAGGAGAGAAGCCGUUUUUAUGUACAGAAUGUGGGAAAUGUUUUACGCACCAGUCAGGUCUUAUUAGACAUCAAAAGCUUCACUGAAGAAGCCAGAAAGGAAAAAAGAAACGCUGUCGUUCCAGUUCUUAUUAGGCUAGGUUCACACCACAAUUUGUGCCUUUAAUGUCAAACUUACAUAUGACGUGUCUGUGCUCGGACGGCAGGGACCCCAAUUAUUUCAAUGGCCGGAGUGUAAUCAGUUAGUGACUACGUUUGAGUCAUUUUCCAAUGUAUCUAAGUUUUGUCUCCAACUAAAAAGUUCUGCAGGCCGCGUUAUUCGGUCUGAGACAUAACUAGUACACGCUACGGUAAUGACCUGAAUGUAGUCACCAGCUGAUUACACUCUGGCCAUGUGUCUGAGCACCUACAUGUCUUCAUGUCAUUUUCACCUUUCCCCGAUGUAUCCGUGCCUCAGGGGGCACAAGUCGUGGUGUGAACGAGCCCUUACUCACCAGGGAAGCCAUCCGCAGGGGGCACAAGUCGUGUGAACGAGCCCUUACUCACCAGGGAAGCCAUCCGCAGGGGGCACAAGUCGUGUGAACGAGCCCUUACUCACCAGGGAAGCCAUCCGCAGGGGGCACAAGUCGUGUGAACGAGCCCUUACUCACCAGGGAAGCCAUCCGCAGGUUUAGGUCGCUCCCUGAUUUCUUACAUUAGAGUCUUCUCUCUGGGGCCUGAAUCCUUCAAUAUGGGGGAAUUAAAGGGGUACUCUGGUGUACUUUCUGGCUCCAGAAAGUUAAACAGAUUUGUAAAUU